ACACUUGUUCAAACUCUCAAAAGCUCCCCAACUCAGUUGACUCCGAAGCGCGUUCUUGCACGGAUCGCCUUGGUUGCAAAAAAACUACAUAAAAUUAAGUCAUUAACACCUUCGUAUGGGGUAGUUAAAAAAUUCCUUCAGCAUCCAGUUAACAGUAAUUUUUGGUGGGUUCUAUCCUGUCACGAAAUUGCCUCAGUAGUAAACUUUCAGUCGGCGACAGUUGAUGUCAUUUUGGUGGUUGAAUUCAAUUUAGUGCACUAACUCUUUCACCACAGAAACAGAAGAAAAAAAAUUGUUUAGAAAAAAACAAUAUUACAAAGCGGGAAAAAAAUGGGUCGAUAUGAGGAAAAGUUACAGCGAUUCGUGUAAUUCAUAAUCUCGAAAAUGUCAGUGAUUUAUUUGCAAGUUCCAACAGGAAAAAAAUGACUUCAGUGCAGUUGAAAGUUGUGCAAAAAUAUUUCUCAUUAUAACUGGAAGAGAUAAUAGGGGGAUGUAAUGAGAAUUUGCCACUUGCGUUCCAUCAUCAUCAGUCCUUGGAUGGAGGAAUAAAAGUGACACAAUUAAGGAAGCUUUCAGUGUGCAUAAGGCAGUAUUUCCACAUUAUAUACAAAUCAAAUCUCAAGUGUGCUGAACUCAGUGAUACAUGGAAUUAAAUCUUCGGAAACUUUACCAUCAAACUCACGAGGAAUUAUUCCCUGAACACUGCAAGUUCCUGCCAUUGGAGCGUAUGAUGGAAAAGGGCAAAAUGCUAGCGUGGUAGAUUGUCACACGGGGGUGGAGGGAUUAGUGUUUGAGAAUUAGUGUGUAUUUUUAGCUCCAGUGUCACUCGCCUGGACAACCAAAAUGCUUCCUGUACCAACAGAACGGACAUCCGACCGACGUAGCAGUAGCAUCGGGUGCCGAUCCAUUGUUGGACGACGAACAUCUGCAUAUGUUCCCUCAUGUGAUCCACUAAAGCUCAUCGUUGAUAUAAACAGUCAAGUGGCAUUAUUUCGUGAUAUGCUCAUACACGUGGGACAAUCCAAAGAUUGUCCAGAGUUGCGUGAGAAAAUCCGAAAGAUUAGAUUUUCCCUCGUGGAAGCCUGCCGACAUACAUCAUCCCUCAUUUUGCCACAAAUACGAACAGCUGUGUCUGAAGGAAUUGUUGCUGAUAAUCCACACUUAGUCCUCCUCUUCUAUCUAUCGCAACUUUUCCUGCGAGAACUCAUCAAAAGCUACCGCCUAGUGCAAGUGAUACCCAUGGAUAUGUCCGGAUACUAUGAAAAUCGAGCGGGUCCUUCGAAUUUGGGAAAUGUCAUAAGUCAAAUACUGCUCUGCAAGCAAAUAACACCAGAUUUUAAUCAAGAAGAACUGUGUAGCAUCAACAAGGACUCCCAGGAGAUCGCCCACCUCCUUGCAGAAAUGCAAGAAUUUAUGCCACAACAAGAAAUCUAUCUUGAACGAAAUGCUGCACUUGCUGGAGAUGAUACAAAUGGACCUUGGCCGGCAAAGAGGCGUCGCAAUUCACUGUACAAAAAUAUGGGACUUUUGUGUUGUGUCUCACGGCCCAAUUAUCUCUGAGAGUAACUCAAUGGCAUCCAAAAGAUGUGCAAAAUCAACUUAUGAUACCGACAAGGAAUGAUUUGUAAGAAUAAUAAUAAAAAAAAGAGAAAUAGCCCAAAGAAGAGAGUGAAAAGAAAAAUCAAUUGAGAGAAACAAUUUUUUCGAAUGAAAAGCAAUAUUUUUCCUCCACCCCAAAAAAAAUAAAACUUUUUGAACCAAAAAAACGCAAAAAGUAAACUGUGUUUCAUAUAAAAAAUUAUAUAAUUAUAUUUAGUAGGAAAAGAGGGCGAAAAAGUGGAGAAGAAAAAAAAACUUUAUAAAGAACAAUUAUUGAAUUUUAUGCACAUAGAGACA